UAUAUGCGUUUAAGCGUACAUUGGAAACUUACACCGAACUGGGAGCGGAGACGCUCUGAUUGGCCGAGAAUUUUGCAGAGGAAGAGGCUGAUCUUCAAACUUGCUACUAAGAAACAAGAUUUUUGUCAGAGUAUCGACACAGAGUCUUUGGCUUAUUACUGGUUUGCAGGUGGUUUUUUGGAAUUGGAAAUCUCUUUAUCAAUUUAUUUGUUUUCAUUUGUGAGAGAGAAUCAAUCAAUGUCCAGUAGUACAAGGAAAGGAAACGAGUUCUGGGGUUGGAGUAGGAGGAUUUGUGGGUGUAUAUAGGACUCUUUUUUUGGUUUCUUGAAGUGAGGAGGUUUAGAAAGAAAAGAUGGAGAGGUUAGUGUCGACGGUUCUAAUGGAAAAUCAGGGUGGAGCUGGAGGUGGAGGAGGAGGAGGAGGAGGAGGAGGAGGAGAGUCGUUAAUUGGGACAAUCAAGAUAGCAGUAUUACCCAUAGCAAAGGUUUUUACUAUUUGCUUCUUGGGAUUUCUUAUGGCGUCCAAGUAUGUUAGCAUCUUACCUGCAAGUGGGAGGAAGCUUUUAAAUGGGUUGGUCUUUUCACUUUUGCUUCCAUGUAUGAUAUUCUCUCAACUUGGACAAGCCAUCACUGUACAGAAAAUGCUUGAAUGGUGGUUUAUUCCUUUUAAUGUUAUUCUGGCUACCAUAUCAGGCUCAAUUAUAGGUUUAGUUGUUGCUUCCAUCGUCCAUCCACCAUACCCAUUCUUCAAGUUUACUGUAGUUCAAAUUGGAAUUGGAAAUAUCGGGAACGUGCCACUUGUCCUGAUUGCGGCUUUAUGUCGAGAUAAAUCAAAUCCUUUUGGUGAUUUUGAUAAAUGUUCUCAAGAUGGAAAUGCAUAUAUUUCAUUUGGCCAAUGGGUUGGUGCAAUUGUCUUAUACACCUAUGUAUUUCAUAUGCUUGGACCUCCUCCGGAAGGCACCUUUGACAUUGAGGAUGAAAAUCUUCCCAUAAAGAGCCCACCAAAAGACUGCUCCCCUGACCAAGUUCCCUUGCUUACGGAGGAGGUUGUGCCGACAGAUUCAAAUGCUCCAAUUAAAGGAAAGGAGGUUGUACCAACAGAUUCAAAAGCCCCAGCUAAAAAACAGAUUAAACACUUCUUAAAAUUUUUAUAUGAGAAGUUGAAGCUCAAGCAAAUCCUUCAGCCCCCUAUCAUUGCUUCUAUCCUUGCCAUGGUAAUUGGAGCUGUGCCAUUUUUGAAGCGACAGAUCUUUACCACCGAUUCCCCACUUUUUUUCUUCACUGACAGCUGCAUGAUUCUUGGGGAGGCAAUGAUUCCAUGCAUUUUGUUGGCAUUAGGAGGCAACCUUGUAGACGGACCAGGGAGUUCAAAGCUUGGUCUGCGGACAACUGCUGCUAUUAUUUUUGGGCGGUUGGUUUUGGUUCCUCCAACUGGACUUGGCAUUGUCAUGUUGGCUGACAAGCUUGGCUUCCUUCCACCUGGCGAUAAGAUGUUCAGAUUUGUCCUCCUCCUCCAGCAUUCAAUGCCUACAUCUGUGCUUGCUGGUGCUGUUGCCAAUUUAAGAGGUUGUGGGAGGGAGGCAGCUGCUGUCUUGUUCUGGGUUCAUAUCUUUGCAGUAUUCUCUAUGGCUGUAUGGAUUACUCUGUAUCUCAACAUACUCUUCUAAGACACUGGUGGGCCAGAAGCAGGGAUAGGCUGCUGCUGUUAAUGUAUUGACAUCUGGUUCUCGACUUGUCUGGGCUGGAAGGAGCAAGCAAAUGAAGGGAGGCAUUACAGGCCGACUACAAGAAGUAAAGCUUGGUAGACUCAACAAAUCGCCCAUAGAAUGUCGACUACUUAGUUUUCUUCUAAUAUAUAUACAUCAUGAUGUGGUGGUGGCAGCCCUGCCUCGUCUCUUUAGUAAUGUUUUCCCAUUUUAUCAAAUAUCUAGGCAAUGAGCAUGAAAUCAUUUCAUAUCGCCUGCCCAAGGUUUUACUGGCAAGUUGGUGCUCACAAGAGCUGUAAUGGUUAUUUUUUUCAUUCAAUGUUUAUUUUUAUUUCUAUUUCUA